AUGUCUCGGACUGAAGAGGUGAACAAGAUGACUGAGAAUGUCUAUAAGGGGAUUUUAGAACAAUUCAAUCCUAGUUUAAAGAACUUUGUGAUCAUGGGGAAACACUACGAGAAAGCUCUCACAGGAGUGACUGUAGCUGCGAAGGGAUACUUUGAUGCUUUGGUUAAACUCGGGGAGCUGGCCAGCGACAGCCAAGGCUCUAAAGAGCUGGGUGACACAUUGUUCCAAAUGGCCGAGGUCCACAGACAGAUCCAAGUGCAGCUGGAAGAUGUGUUGAAGCUGUUUCACUCUGAACUACUUGCUCAACUGGAGCAGAAGCUGGAGCUGGACAUCAAAUACCUCACUGCCACGUUGAAGAAGUACCAGGGGGAGCGCCGGUCCAAGUCCGAGUCUAUUGAACGUUGUCAGUCUCAGCUGAAGAAACUCCGCAGGAAAAGCCAAGCUAGUCGACACCCGAACAAGUACGGAGACCGGGAGAUGCAGUUUGUAGAGCUGAUGAGCCGACGCCAAGGGGAGCUGGACUCUCUGGUUGCCACUGGUUACAAGUCUGCUCUGACUGAGGAGAGGAGGCGAUACUGCUUCCUGGUGGACAGACAGUGCUCUGUCACAAAAAUACUCAUCAACUAUCACUCAAAGGUGAAGGAGCUCCUGGCUCAGAAGUUGUCAUCGUGGCAACAGUCCUGUUCUCAGCCGACCAAACUCCCCGAGCGAGCCCUGAACCUGCUGCGGCACACGGCCCCUCAGAGCUCUGCAGACGCACUGAGACAUAACAAACCAGGCCCUGACCAGAGGCUGUCAGUUCAGGAGGUGCCACCUCUGCAGAAUGGGGACUCGGGGCGACCUCCGCAGCAGCAGCAGCUACAUCAGCAGCAGCAUCACUCUGUUGCCUCCCACAGUGAGCCCUCUAUGACCCAUGACUCUCCCCAAAUGGCUCACUCUUCCUCUGACUCUGGAGGAGUAACAGGGGGCUCAUCAACUGGAGCAUCUCCACAGCACUGCAGCACUCCCCUCUCUGAAGGCGGUGCGAGCCCUGCUCUGUCUGCUCUCAGCUCUAGUGGUUCAGGGCAGCUCCUACCCACAAACACGUCCCUCCUGUCCCCCUGCCUGAUCCCGUCUACGGUGAUGCCCCUGAGCCAGGUGACCUCAGGCUCUGCUCAGGGGGUGACUCUACCCAUCCCACACAGUGCUCCACACAGCCCUCCUCUGCCUCACAGUGCGCCUCUGUCCAGAUCCAUGACCCCAGUGCAGCAGGGUCCCGGGGCUGGCCUCCCGUCUUCACAUCACGUCCCCUGGCUCCUGAAGGGGGUGGAGAUGUCUGCUACUUCCACACUGCCUCUGCCCAGACGCCCCGGGGCAGAGAGCAGGCACAGCGGAUUUCAGGGCUCCACUCUCCCUCGCCUCCUGCCUCUCUUAGGCCCGACUCAUGUGGAAGCCCUGUUCGCUCACACCCCAGAGUCUCAGGCCGGGGUCAGCGGAGGGGUUUGUCUGCUGCCCUUUUUGCCCGGAGACAACAUAACACUGCUGAUCUCUGAGCCCAGAGAUGGCUGGCACUAUGGGCAAAACGACCGCACUGGACGAAAAGGCUGGUUUCCCUUCUCCUACACACAACCUCACAACAGUGAUGUUGAGAACGUUGACAGUUCUCCACCGUUGUCCAAAGCCAACAGCACCAGCACUGGACACCUGGACACGCUGUGCUCGUCCGUGCUGCCCGCUCUGACGCCAGAGGAGGAGCGCGCCGCUCCCCCGAGGAUCAGCACUUUCCGCCCGCGCCCCUACAGCAUUGCCGAGGGCAACAAGAUCUGCGCCGCACUGGGCCCACCCCCUCCAUCACCGACCAGGCCAAAUCCUUUUGCCCACAUCCGACUUAAAAAAACUGUCACCAACGAUCGCUCUGCCCCCAUCAUUGAGUGA